GCUUAUUGCGUGGGACUGUCAUCCUCAACUCACUUGUUUGACGGAAUUCCCGAACCAACCGUCUACAUCUGGAACACCACGAUGAAGGCAUAUUCUUUGAUAGAGACCCCUGAGUGUGGACUCCUGACGUACAUGGUCAUGUUAAGAAGGGGCAUGAAGCUCGAUAGGUACACGUUCCCAUUCUUGUUGAAGGGGUUCAGAUUUUCCCGCGAUAAAGCAUUUACAUGCGGGAAGCAGUUGCUUGAUCAUGUUGUUAAGUUUGGGUUUGAUUCUAAUGAGCAUGUCCAAUAUGCUUUGCUUCAUAGGUUCUCCUUCAGUGGCCAGAUUCAGUUGGCUCAUCGACUUCUUAAUUUAAGUCGCAAAUGGAAUGUUGUGGCCUGGAUCGAGUUGUCUCUAGCCCGGAAGUACUUUGAUGAGAUGCCACAGAGAGAUCUGGUCUCUUGGAUAGCUAUGAUCAAUGGCUACCUAAAAGCAAGAAUUGAGAAGGUUUUGGCACUUUUCCACAAGAUGCAAAUUUCCAGUGUGAUCGGUGAGUUCUCCAUAUUCUGUGCUCUCAUGGCUUGUGCGAAUCUUGGGGUUCUUGACGUAGGGGAAUGGACAAAGACCUACAUUGAUCGGAACAAUAUCAGGAACGAUAUUUUCGUUGGAGAUGCACUGAAAGAAUACUUCAAGUGCGGGUGUGUAGAAAAGGCCAUAAGAGAAUUUAAUCAAAUGCCUCGAAGGGACAAAUUUCCAUGGACUUCGAUGAAUGUCGGGCUUGCGGUCAAUGGCCACGGAGAAGCUCUUUGCAUGUUCUCAGAGAUUCUGAGAGUAUCCAUAAAGCCUGAUGAGGUUACUUACAUCGGAGUCCUCACUGCUUGUUCCCACCCGGGAAUGGUAGAACAGGGAAGGGAGCUUUUCUCUCGAAUGACUGCCCAGCAUGGCAUCGAGCUCAACUUGGUACAUUUUCGAUGCCUAGUCGACCUUCUGGGUCGAUCAGGUCUCCUUGAAGAAGCACACAAGGUUCUAUACUCGAUGCCCUUGAGACCGAAGGCUGUGAUAUGGGGGGCGCUUUUUGGGGCUUGCAGAGCGCACAAAUACCAGGAAAUGGUUGAAAUAGCAGCACAGAAGAUUCUUGAGCUGGAGCCGGAGAGAGGCAUUUACGUUACGUUAUGCAAUGUAUUCACUGCCUGCAAGAUGUGGGAAAAGUUGUCCGAGCAGAGAAGGGCAAUGACUGACGGGAAUGGUUCAAUUCACAAGUUUGUGGCAGCAGGGGAUGAGUCUCAUCCUCAGUCCGACGAAAUCUAUGCGAAGUUGGACGAGACGAUGAGGGAGUUGAGACUUGCAGGGUGUAGACCGGAUACUUCCGAGGUGUUCCUCGAUAUGGAGGAGCGAAAAUAAGAGAGUGCGGUCUUUCGGCACCAUUAGGAGUUGGCCAUGGAAUUUGCUCUGAUGAAUUGGAGGGCACCAGUCCGAGAUAGGUUCAUGCAGAACCAUGGGCGUGCCCAGAAUGCUGCUAAGUGACGGCGCUUGUAUUCGAGAUUGUGCAUUGUGUUGUUCGAUGUCAGAAUCGAUGACUCCGUUGGACGAGUUCUAAGUUCCAAUCUUGUUCCUUUUUUUCUUUGAACUUGAUUUUUAAAUAUUUCAUCUAGUAUUUCAUUUGGCUCGAAUAAAUAAUUCGAAGUCGAUUAA